AUGAUACUAUUAAAUUCAGUUUUUGUGGAAACAGUGAUUACGUUUUCGGUGUUUCUAGUUCUAGUGUGGUACGCCUAUUAUCGUUAUUGCUUCAACUACUGGCGAAAAAGAGGCGUCCCAAGCCACCCUCCCGAUUUCCCCACUGGUAACAUAACAGAGGCCGUACUAGGAAAAGAAAACCUCUUCAACUCCGUUGAAAAUUUUUACCACCAUUUCAAGAAAAAAGGAUACAGACAUGCCGGUUUGUACUUUUUCAACGGCCCGGUUUACCUCCCCAUUGACACCGACAUCGUAAAAGCAAUUUUAACAACAGACUUCGAGUACUUUGUUGACAGAGGGUCGUUCAUAGACGAGACGGAGUUUCCUUUAAGUGGACACUUGUUUUCCAUCACAGGUAUGAAGUGGAAAAAUCUACGAAACAAGUUACUUCCAACAUUUUCCACCGCUAAGCUUAAAUCCAUGUACGAAAUUUUCCAAAAGAACACCGAAAGCUUCAUGGAAUGUGUUGAACAAGUCGCUAACAAAGGUACAGACUUGAAUAUCAAAUACGCAGCUACUAACUUCACAGCGGAUAUUAUUUCUUCGACGGCUCUUGGAAUCGAAGCUGGUACUUUGAAAAACCCCGACAAUGAGAUUUCGAAGAUCACUUUUCGCAUGUUCAACCCCCCGUUGUGGUUGUAUUUGAAACUGGUACUGCUGGAUGGGUUUCAAAAUCCUGGUAACAUAAUCAAAGUUACACACUGUGAUAGAAAAGUUGAAGAUUUUUUCAAACACUUAGUUUCAAAGAUAAUGAACCAUAGAGAAAAUAGUCAACUAAUUAGGAAAGAUUUUAUGUCGUUGCUACUGGAAAUUAAGAAAAAAGAAGGAUUGUCGUUUGAGGAAAUCCUGUCUCAGACUUUUCUUUUCUUUCUUGCUGGGUUUGAAACGUCUUCACAAACCAUAGCGUUCGCGAUACACGCCCUUGCCCAUCAACCCGACCUACAGGAUAAACUUCGAGACGAAAUUUUCAAAAACAUGGGGAAAGAUUUUAGGAAAUAUAGUUACGAAGAGGUUCUAAAGUUACCAUAUUUAGACAAAGUUUUCAAUGAAACUCUAAGACUGUAUCCAGUGCUGGGUUUCCUGAACCGAAUUUGUGUCAAACCCUAUAAGGUUCCUGGGACUGAUGUCACUAUCGAGAAGGAUACUCCGGUUUUAAUUUCAACUCUAGGGCUUCAACGAGAUCCCGAUUAUUAUCCCGAUCCGUUGAAAUUCGAUCCUGAAAGGUUCGACGAGAGUGGGUCAACGGUUCCUUUCAGCUUUUUACCAUUCGGAGAAGGACCCAGGAUUUGCAUAGGGAAACGAUACGGAAUUCUUCAAGCCAAAUUAGGAAUUGUUGCUCUGAUUUCCCAGUUCAAAUUUUCACCAAGUCCUCAAACCCCACCGUUCGUGGAAUUUGACAAACUUUCAACUUCUCUCGCCAUGACGCCCUCCAAAGGAGUGACCGUGAAAGUCGAAAAGCUCAAAUUUUAA